GUUGCGACUUUGUAGAGAGAGAGAGAGAGCAAUUUCUUACAUCUUUUAUACUAUUUGUUGUCAAUUUGGGGUCUUCUUCUUCUUCUUCCUCUACUGCUGCUUCUUCGGUUCUUCCUCAUCCGCUAGCUUAUUUGAUUUUCUUUUAUUAAUAAUAAAAAAUAAGGGAUUAAUAAUUUAGAAAAUAAAGAAAAAAGAAUAAUUUAAAGUUUGGUUGAUCCGUCGUAGAUCUAACAUAAACAUAUACAUACAUACAUACGAGAAGAAAAUUCCACGCCCACAUCUUGAAAAAAAUCCCUUUGCUCAUCUUUCUCCUUCUUCUUCUUCAUCUUGUUGCUCAACUGUGUUUAGAUUCCCCCAUCUUCCAAGUGAGAAAGAGGAACAACAAGUAGAAGCACUCUCUUCUUAUAAGUCUAAAGCUGUCCGCUGCUGCGCGGUUCCGGUUCCUAUUCCUCCUCCUCCGAAGAAGAAGAAGACUACUAGGACCUCCUUUUCUGAAAGAAAGAUAGAGCUGUGUUUGUGUGUGAGAUUCAUCUUUAAAACUGUCAAUAAGUUCUUCUAUGUUGUGGUGGAUGAGAUGAGGGAUGCUAUCUGGGUUGAUGAACUUUCUCAAUGCCUGUCUCUGGCCACGGUCAGAUCACCAGGCCUCAGAUUCCGGCGGCCGUCAAGAGGGUCUCCUUUGGUUCCGCGACUCCGCUCAGCACGUCUUUGGUGACUUCUCCAUGGCCGUUGUCCAAGCCAACAGCUUGCUCGAGGACCAGAGCCAGCUCGAGUCUGGCUCUCUUAGCUCCCUCCCCUCUGGUCCCUACGGCACCUUUGUUGGCGUCUACGACGGCCACGGUGGCCCUGAGACUUCCCGCUUCAUCAAUGAUCAUAUGUUCCACCACCUCAAGAGGUUCACUGCGGAGCAACAGUGUAUGUCAUCGGAGGUGAUCAGAAAAGCCUUCCAAGCGACUGAAGAAGGGUUCUUAUCCAUAGUCACCAAUCAAUUUCAAACUAGACCUCAGAUAGCCACUGUAGGGUCUUGCUGUCUUGUAAGCGUCAUCUGCGAUGGGAAGCUCUAUGUGGCCAAUGCGGGGGACUCAAGGGCAGUGCUGGGACAAGUCACGAGGGUCACUGGUGAGGCUCACGCCACCCAGCUCUCGGCCGAGCACAACGCAUCUAUAGAGUCAGUACGACGGGAACUUCAGGCCCUGCAUCCGGAUCAUCCGGAUAUUGUGCUUCUCAAACAUAACGUCUGGCGAGUCAAAGGCAUCAUUCAGGUGUCAAGAUCCAUUGGAGAUGUGUAUUUGAAACGGUCAGAGUUCAACAGGGAGCCGCUGUACGCCAAAUUCAGGCUGAGGUCACCGUUCAGCAGGCCGUUACUGAGUGCAGAGCCGGCGAUCACGGUGCAUACACUGGAGCCGCAAGAUCAGUUUAUAAUAUGUGCUUCAGAUGGACUGUGGGAACAUAUGAGUAAUCAAGAAGCAGUAGACAUCGUACACAAUCAUCCGCGUAACGGGAUUGCAAAGCGGCUGGUGAAAGUAGCGCUUCAAGAAGCGGCAAAGAAGAGAGAGAUGAGAUACUCAGACCUGAAAAAGAUUGACAGAGGAGUGAGGAGACAUUUCCACGAUGACAUAACAGUGAUAGUGGUCUUCUUCGAUACAAACCUAGUGAGCAGAGCAAGCUUGUUAAAAGGACCGACGGUGUCAGUGAGAGGCGCGGGUGUGAAUGUGCCUCACAACAGCUUGGCGCCUUGCACAACAACUCCCACACAGCAAGCUUAGCUGCUGCCAAUUGAUAUUUUUACCCUGUCCUUAAGAAAAAUAUAUUCUUUUCCAAGAUCUUCUGUAACUAUUUAUAUAUAUAUAUAUAUUAUCAUUAUUGACUGAGGGGGAAAGAAGGAUACUCUAAUAAGUAGUAGUGUUUUUGUUGGGUUCCCUCCUCUUUAUUUGUUAGCUGUGGAGGAGGAGACUGGAGCAAAUCAAUUUUAUUCACUAUCUUUAUACGCUCUCUCUCUCUCUCUCUUUGAUCUUCUUCCUAAUAAUUUUUUUCAAAAGUUUA